AUGACAUUACAACAAUAUUGUAUUCGUCCCGAUGAUAAUGAUUUGAGAAGAGAAAGAUCGAUAAAUAAAUCAAAGGCAUUAGGUAAGCAAUAUACAUUUUUUCAACUUCGUCAGUUGAAUGUUACUGGAAAAGAUCUUUAUGAAUGGUCCGCCCCAAUUGAUACAAUCGAACAUUAUGAAUUAUAUAGUAUGAAUUCAUCUGCCCAAAAUGGAAUUUAUUAUAAUUGUUCAUCAUCAUUUUGGUUUGGACCAUCUUGUGAAUAUACAUUGGGUUCAUUGGACUCAUUUACUAAAAUUGUCCAAGAGCGAUUUCGAUCUCGAAUUAGUCUAAUAACGCUUAACGGAUAUGCAGAUGUUUUGAAAAUGACAAAUGGGACAUGUUACAUCCAUUUAAAAUGUAAUCGUGGUCCAUCGCCGAUGUGUCUUGAUUGGAGAGAAAUAUGUGACAGAAAAUGUGAUUGUUUAGACAAUUGCAAUGACGAAGAACAGUGUUUUAAAUUGGAAAUAAAUGAAUGUGAAAAAGAUCAAUAUCGUUGUAACAAUGGAAUGUGCAUUUCGCAAGAAUUAUUUCGUGAUCGUAAUAAAUUUAUUGAUUGUAUCGACGCAUCAGAUGAAACAUUUUAUGAUCGUGAAGCACUAGGGUUAAACUGCUUUACAAAUCCAGCGUUUGAUUGCGAUACAUUAACUUGUAGUUGGUUUCAUUCCUUUUCAUGUGGCAAUGGGCAGUGUUCGACACAUCAUCCGGCACAACCUUAUUUGUCUCUCUGUCAAAAUGGACGGGAUCUAUUGCAUGCCCAAGCCAUAUUUAUGCACGAUGUGUCGUCUGAAUUGUCAGAAGAAUGUUGGUUAGCACUCAUUUGCGCAUUGAGUCUGGAAUAUAUAGUUGAUGUUGACUGUGUCUAUGCUCGAUCAGUUCAACUUGUAUGUCCGUCGCGUUUUAUCUUUCCAUCUUGGCCAACUUUAUUCAAUGAUAUUCGAUUUAUUUACGAACUAAAUAAUACUAACAUCAUUGUACCAAGUUAUAUUUGUUAUAAUGCUAAAUGGUGCGAUAAAUUUUUGAAUGCAACCUUCUUCAUUAAUGAAUCGGCAUGUAAAUAUCUUUAUGAAUUUCCUUUCUUUGAUACUGAACGGUUGAUUAAUGAUAAUUUCUACGAUGACGUUGAGUUAUUUUUCAAACAUUGGUGCCCAUUGCCUGAGUUAAUGAUAACCAAUAAUGAUAUUUGCUCCCAUCCAGCUCUUUUUCAUUGUGCAGGUACUUCAGAAUGUGUAUCAAAAUACCGUUUGGUAGAUAAAAACGCUGAUUGUUAUCAAUCAUAUGAUGAGUUAUUUAAUGAAAGUUGUUCUUUGAAUUUAUCACAUCGAUUUUAUUGUCCAUCAGACAAGAAAUGUAUACCACAAGUACAGCUAGAAGAUGGCACGGCAGAUUGUUCAGGACAAGAAGAUGAAUUGAGUGUACACCGUGAUUGCAUUUUAAAUAAACAAUGUGAGAAUGAAAAAAUUAUCUUUUCAAAAAUUUGUAAUGGUUUCACAGAAAUGCCACCGAUUCAAAUUGGUGAUCAAAAUGAAACUGACGAAACAAAUUGUGAAUAUUGGCCAUGUGUUACACCAUAUACACUGUGUGAUAAAGUAUGGAAUUGUUAUAAUGGUGCUGAUGAAUUAAACUGUUCGUACAUGAUUUAUUCCUAUAAUUGUAAAGCUGAUGAAUAUCAUUGUAUUCGAGUCGAUAACAUUACACAAGGAAUGCAAAUUGAUAACCAUAUUUCUCAGGACUGUUUACCAAUGAAAUAUGCAGGUGACAAGAAAAUCAAUUGUUUAGGAUCGAUAGAUGAACGAGAUUAUUGCCACUCGAAUUAUCCAAAUGAAGCAAAUCGACGAUAUCGUUGUUGGAACGAUACAACAUGUAUUGAUAUCAAUCGUCUAUGCGAUUGUACAAGUGACUGUCCACUUGAAGACGACGAAGCUAUUUGUUCUUGGUUACGUGAUGGAUUGAAUGCAUGUAAGCCUAAUUAUUUUACAUGUUCUAAUAGCAAGACAGUUUUAAGAGAAAAUAUGUGUAAUGUUGAAAAGGCUUGCAGUAAAAAAGAAGAAGCAUUGAUCUGUGAUUUGAGAGAAUGGAAUAAACCAGAACGAAAGUAUUUUUCUCUUGGAAACUAUUCUUAUCGAUAUCCAGGCAUAUCAAUGCAAAAUAAUGAGUGCCCGUCGACUACAACAAAAGCAUUGCUAAACAAAAAACCGCAACAUGAGCAAAACAAUGAUUUGCUGUUACAAUGA